AUGCGUUUCACCGGCGUCGACGGCGAGCCAUCCAAGGUCCCGCCCAACUUGGCCGUGAUUAAGAGUUCAAUCCCAACUACACUGGCUUCGAUUAUAUCUCCUGGUAUCUGGGCAAUGCCCGUCAGGCUGCCACCUACUUCGUCGCUCACUUCGGCUUCCGCGUUAUUGCAUACAGCGAACCGGAAACCGGAUCGCACCUGA